CGCGGAGAGGAGCAAAGCAAAGCACCGCAGGGCGGGUUAGGGUAGGCAGACAGCCGUUGUGGAGCGCAGAGGGACUGGCUGGGGUUGAGGCUGGGGCUCCGGAAUGCCUCAGCUAGUCUGCUGGUGUCUGCUGUGGCUCUGGUUUCUCGUUCGGUUCUCCUGUGAGCUGAACGACAUCAGCACAGCCAGAAAGCUGUGUGGCAGGCACCUGCUGAAGGAAAUACUGACACUUUGUGGUCAUGAUGACUGGAGCCAGUUCCACUUGGAGGAGGAAAUCCCUUUCGCACACAUGAUGUCCCGAGAUUCAGAGAAGGUUGAAGCCUUCCUGCCUGAUGAAUUUGAAAGCUCCCAGACUCCUUUCAUGAUCUGGGAGAGAGGCACACACCCAGUCUCUACUGCCUCUCCAGAAGAAGCAAUAAACAGUUCAGAACUGCAGUCACUGCCCGAGUCUCAAAAUGAAAAGGCCAACUCUCAUCCUGAGAAGACAAGAGAAUUUUCCUUACUAAGUGAUAUCAAUCCAUCUGUUCAUGAGAGUGUAACAUUUCAGAAGAAAAGUACAAACAAAAUUAACACCUUAAGCAAUUUAUUUUGGGGGAAUCAUCCCCAAAGAAGACGCAGAGGGUACUCAGAAAAAUGUUGUAUUAAAGGAUGUACAAAAGAAGAACUUAGUAUUGCAUGUCUUCCAUACAUUAAUUUUAAAAACUUAAAAGGACCAUCCCUUGUGACUCAAAUAUACUAACCAUCAUAGGACUUAUAUAAAUAAUAAAAUCUUAAUAUAUUUGUUUUAGUAUUUGUUAUUGUGCUUGUAGCUGCUAUUCUGUGAACACUAUUUGAAUGUACUUGCAAGCAUUCGACAAUAAUUUAUGUUGCCAAUAGGAAUCUUGGUAUUUUCUUUGGUGAUUCCUAUAUAGAGGAUAGAGAAUUGAAGAAAAAUAACUGUAGUGUAGCUAUAUAUAUACAUAAUAUAUACACACACAUAUAUGCUUUUAUAUAUGUGUGUGUGUAUAUGUAUAUGUGUCUGUCUGUGUUUGUGUGUGUAUUGCCACACUAUAAUAAUUUUUUUUCAAUUCUCUAUCCUCUCAGGAGGCUGGGCAUACAAGUGUCACAUGCAUUGCUGCUGGGCUGGGAUUUAAACCCAGUCAGCAAUAUAAGGUCCAGCUUCUGCACAGUAAAGUAAAAUUACACUAUAGAGCCAAUCCCCCCUUUUUUUAUUUAGAUGUUGCUAAUAGGGGUGCCAUUAGCAACAUGGGUGCCACUAGCAGGUAGUGUGGUGGUGGGGAUGCUGGGCUCCCACAUGGCAGAUCAUGCUUUGAGUCCCGGACCUGGUGACUUGCAUUCCCACUUUCUCUCUCUCUCUGUUCAAAUUAAAUACAAUAAUAAUAAUAAAAUUAAAUAAUUCUUAAAAAAAAAAGAUACUGCUAAUGGAGUUGGCACUAUCCAUAUUACUGUCAUUAUUGUUGAAACUCUUUUAAGCUCAUUAAAAUGGAUUACAGAAUGUGCUGCAUUCCAUCUGUAUAACAUACAGACUGAUGCCCAUGACUACGGCUCACUCCACCAUGCCAAUACAUCUGUCCCACCAAUGUAAAAAUAACUAAUCAACUACCAUUCUGGUAAGUGUUCUUGUACUAUAAUAGUAGGUACACUUUAAUUCCUUAAGUUUUACUAUAAUAGCUGGUCAGAUUCUCUUCACAAUUUCAGUGAUAUCUUUAGGUUGUACAACCCCUUCAAGGAUACACUACUUUUGCAUUAAAGAUACUAAUAUGUGAAUCAACACUUAAAUCUCAAUAUUAUUCAAGGGCAUGUGUGCUCAGAGAGGCAGAGACAUGAGAAAGAAAGCGAGAAACAGUCCCCUGGGGA